AUGGAUGAUACGGAGUACUCUACCCGUAGUAGAAGAAGAAGAAGAAGUAGUCGUCUUCAAUCUAAGCUCGUGAUUCUUCUUCUUCUUCUUCUUGUGAUCAACUGUCUGUUCAUCCAAGCUGUGUCGGAAAACGCAGAAACAAAAAUGCCGAUAAUCGACGCCGCCAAGAGACUGUUCUCUCUCCCCACAUCCUACGACUGUUGGAUCCUUAAACUCAAGUCCCUCUUUUUCUGGCAAGCCGCCACGCCCCAUUUCUCCCCGCCAAAUUCUCAAGUAGGAGGAGAAGGAUGGACGGGCGAACAAGGGACGACAGAGAAGGUCAAAGAGGCAGCAGUGAAGAGCUUGGACGAGAGCAAAUCAGCUGUGGAGGACUCUGCGAGAUCUGCUGCAAAAUUAGCAGAGGCAGCAGUUGAAGAGACGAUAAAGAAGGUCAAGAAGACAUUGUCUGGUAAAUCCGAAGCCGAACUGUAA